CCAUAACCUUCAUGACGAGGCACUCCGGGUGCUUAAGGCGGCGGCAGAUUUGGCCUUCGCUACCUCCAUCCCAUUGCUGACUGGGCAGCUGACAGGGCAGCAAAGACGUCGACGAGAGCGCCUGCGCCAUGUCCCGACAGUAAACUAGACUUAAAAAUACAUAACAUACCGCACGGACCGGCAGGAAACCUAUCCUGCGACAGAUUUUGAGACCGCGCCAUAUCAAUCGAGCUUCCGCUUGCCUGCGCUUCCGACUUGCAGUCGACCGGUCUGCACCACGAAAUCGUGUAGUGUUGCUGCCAUAGCCUGACACAAUGCGAGGCUCCACUGGCGGCCCCUGCUGCCACUGCGGCACCGUCGCGACUCCCUGCUGGCGAAAGGGGCCCUGCGACAAGCCGGUGCUCUGCAAUGCGUGCGGCAGCCGGUACCUGGUCAAGGGCUCACUCGCUGGGUACUUCCCUGGCGCGCGCCGGGCGAGUGCGGGCACCCGUAGCGAGGCGCCUCAGAUUCAGGCGACCGUCGUUUCCGCGGCCGGCAAGUCUGCUGCGCGGAAAUCCGCCGCGCUGUCGUCAGUAGCCGCAUCUGCUGGUGCCAAGCGCAAGGUGCAAGAGCUGGACGGGAACGAAACCGGUGCCAAGCGCAUCUUCAACAACUACGAGGCCCUGGAGGAGCUGCGCGCGUUCUUUGCCAGCAGCCGAGGGCCGCAGGCGCCAGCCCAGACCUCGGACUCUCAGGACUCGCAAGGCCAAUUCCGGGACGAGGCGCAGUACCUAGACGCGAGCUCCGACGAUGGCCUGGAGCACCCCGACUCGGAGCCGGUGGCGGCUUUGCGCCACAUGCGUGCCCCCCUCAACGCCACCACGGCGGCAAACUACUCGGCACCGCACGUGCCGACUUUCCAGCGGCGGCCGCGCAAGCAGCUGCACCCGGUGCCGUGCUCCUGCUAAGGGCUAAGCAGGCUCGCACUGCGUCUGCGUGUGCGCGGGACUAGCACACUCUUGACCGUGUCUGACCGCAGAACUGAAACAUUUUGACCCGAGGGUAAGCAGGCGCGUUUCUGCUUCAGGGCCCAUGGGAACACGACCGCCCAUGGGUUUCCGAUUUCCUGGCAGCGCCGCCGCCCGUAUUAAAUAAACGUUUCAUCUACAAGUAGAUUUUGAGGGGGGCAAUGGGGUCUUGGGUCUUCGUCCGAACUCCUAUUUUUGGGUGGCCGCUCCCCGGGCCUUCCAGGCACGUUGCCUGUCCGGUGGAACCACCGCUUUUGCAGUUGCGUUCGAUAUCUGCGUCCAGCAACAUACGCCUGCUCGUGAUGACAAUGGCACGCCCAUGCAAAGCCCUGUUACAGCCCCUGUCGGGAGCGCGGGGCACGCGUGCCCCCAACGCCCCGCAUGUGGGUCAGGUUUGCAAUGGGUGGGCGACAGGCAAGCUGGCGCAGACUAUUGCGUUGUCAGCGUUGAUGUAGCUUUGAAUGGGUUAUCACAUGUGUGUUUUACCUUGACUAGUAGAUGGAUCGAGUAUACAUAGUGUUCUGGGGCAGUGAGCCGGAACGGGGUCGCGGGGUCUCGAGGAGUUUGUCGCGUGACUGGUCUCUCUCGGAGGCGAAGAUUGACAGGGCCUCGGUUUGCUGCUGUGGCCACACAUGCAUGGGCGGAAGAGCUCUCGGUGUUGGAUAAAAGCGACUGCUUCCGGCUGUUGCGCCCGCGCUCCCCCGCAAUGGGUUGGGGCGUGCGCCGGCCAGGAAGGGUUCGUGUGUGUCUGCGUGACGUGGCUUACCAGGACAGGACAGGAGGCCGCGGGAGCGCAUCCGGACCCCGCUCGUCUCUGCCGCGUGUUUGCGGCGCGGGCAUGUACGGUUGAUGCAAAGAGUGUGAGCGAGCGAGGCGUGUGGGGGGGCCGAGGAGAGGAGCUGCGCGGUCCAAAGGACCUGCGGCUUUUGUAUGGCGAUGCGGCAGGUGCUCGCAAGGACGUACGGUGGGUCGCGGGGACACGAAGGGCACGAGAACCAGUAGUCGAUAACUUGCGGCGUAGGUAUACACUCAUGUGUUUACUUUGUUGAUAGAUCAAGUGUGGUAUGCCCUCUUGUAGGGCUAUGCAAAACACAUAAAUGGUUGGAUAGUGCCCCAUCGCAUUAGGCUUUUGCUGGUUAGGCGACAUGAUUCUUUGCACACAGUUAUCGACACGUCACCCGCCCGCAUGCGAGGGUGGGAAAUGCCCGGCACCACGACUCUCGGUACCCGUUUGGGGCGGGUUCGGCAGAUAGCUAGCCGCAACCCGCCCCGGCGUGAUUCUUAGUCGUAGUCAGAGUGUGUGUUUCCAGGGUAGCAGAUGCUAUGUGCGUGUAUGUGUGUGUGCGCGGGUGUGUCGCCUAGAGAAUCGUGUGCGUGUGGUGAUGCGUUUGAUUUGCAUUCGCUGCUGGCACUCGGCGCCGAGACGGGCUUGGACUGCUGCGGGGCAAGUGCUGGCCCGCAGCACCAAAUACAGCCCGGGCGCCGACGGCUGCGCAGUAUGGGUUCUCUAUGGAUAUAGAUUUCGAGGUGGCGAUGUACCAGUAGUGGAGUAUCCUCUCGUUGCCAAGUAUGCAUCGGCAGCAAGCCGGCCGAGCUGGGACGGCAGGAAGUAUAAGACCUCGGGCUGCCGCGGCAGUCCGAACCAUUUUGGAGUGCGCGUUCGAGAGGUGAGAGCGGAGAGGUGAAGGGCUUGGCGCCCGGGGAUGUCAGGGCAACGGUGCGGGUGGCAUGUGCGAAAGAGGCACACGCAGGUUGCCGAGGGCCGGUGAUAACUGUUUGGCGGUGUUGGAGCCGGCAUCCCGGGGUCGACGUGAGUCUUGAAGAAGCAAUCUUGGUGUGUGGUCGGGCGUGUGGUGAGACGUGCACAACAUCGUGUUUGUUUUGGAGAAGAGUCUGCAAUAGCAUGCGCGAGGUGAAUGACCUGUAACAAACAAGGGGC